AUGAGUUUGCAUGGACUCGGGGUCAUCGGGGCUCAGGUCGCCGCAUCAUUCAAGAGCAACGAUGACAAGCAUAUGACCGGCCCAGCAGCUUUGUCGCCCGUCCACUCCGUCCAAUCGACACCGUACCUGACCGAGCCACCGCGCGUCGCUGACUUCGACCCAUCGAUCGGAGCCAAGCCAUGCUCUCCGUUCUAUCCUCAUGGGACGCCGAGCUUGUCAUGUGAGCAUUUGACUUAUGAAACGAAACUGGCCGAGCAAAAUCGACAUCAACUUGGCGAUCUCGAAAAUGCAGGACCUUACUUGAUACGAGGGGGAAGCCCUCAACGAUCGAAGCUAUGGGAGGAACGGAAGCCAUCGCGAUCGUGUCUGCACUCUUUAACCGGCCGGCAGCGCCUCCUCAUCAAGGCGAUCAUUGCAGUCGUCACUAUUGGAGGUAUGAUCGGCAUCGCACUGGGAAUUACAGUCGCCGUGGGAGGUACGGCCUGGAGAUCCGGAGGAGACCAGCCUUCUUUGGGGGGGCUGAUAGGUAAGUGA